UGUAUUUACCUGGGGUACCACUGGCUUGGAAAACUUUUGAAAUGUGUAAAGUAAAAUUUGCAUGCGAUCUCGAGAAGUCUGUGAUUAUUAACAAUUUUGAAAUGAGAUCUUGGAUAAACGUUUCACCAGAUGAUGAUUGGAACAUAUUUUGGGCCUCUGUUCAAAGUUGUAGAGCAGUAUUCAGUAAUGACACUGGUUACAGGUUAUCUGAUGACCAGAUUAUCAAUCAUUUCCCAAACCACUAUGAACUUACUAGAAAAGAUUUACUUGUCAGAAAUAUUAAGCGUUAUAGAAGGGAACUUGAGAAGGAAGGAAACCCAAUUGCAGCUCGAAAUGAAUCGGGACAAUAUCUUUAUCUUGAUUUCAUUCCAGUUACCUUUAUGCUGCCACAUGAUUACAAUUUAUUUGCCGAAGAAUACAAAAGAAUGCCUUCUUCUACAUGGAUAAUGAAGCCCAGUGGCAAGGCAAGGGGUAUUGGUAUCUUUUUGAUAAACAGGCUUUCUCAGCUCAAGAAAUGGUCAAGAGAGGGAAAGCACGGUUAUAUUGGAAACAUUUCAACGUGCAUAAAGGAUUCUUACGUAAUAUCUAGAUAUAUUGACAACCCUCUGCUAAUCGGAGGCAAGAAAUUCGAUCUAAGACUUUAUGUGCUUGUAUCAUCCUUUCGACCACUUAAAUGCUACAUAUACAGGCUCGGAUUCUGCAGAUUUUGUACAGUUAAGUACAACUCAAAUGUCACUGAAUUAGAUAAUAUGUUUGUUCACUUGACCAAUGUUUCAAUCCAAAAGCACGGGGCUCAAUACAACAGUAUACAUGGGGGUAAGUGGACUACAGAAAAUUUCCGUUUGUGGUUGGAGGGGACAAGAAGCAAAGAAGUCGCUGACAAGCUUUUUGAUGAAAUUUAUUGGAUUAUUCUGCAUUCCUUAAAAGCUGUUUCAAAAGUUAUAAUAAAUGACAGACACUGCUUUGAAUGCUAUGGUUAUGAUAUCAUAAUAGACGCAAACCUCAAGCCAUGGCUCGUAGAAGUAAAUGCAUCACCUUCCCUCUCGGCUACAACUGCAAGUGACAGGAUAAUGAAAUAUAAACUUAUAAAUGAUGUUAUUAGUAUUGUAUUACCAAACGACACAGUCCCAGAUGUUAAAGUUAUUAGAGAAGUGACCAAAGAUCAGUUGGGCCAUUUUGAACUUCUU